CUGCAGGUUCUCGUUGUCAUAUGACUUGUUUAAGCCAACAUGGCGUCCAGGAUAAACAAGUCCGCUUUUAGGAGCCUAACGACAGGUUUAAAUAUUUUCAUCGUUUUAUCGGCUUUAUGCGUUUUGUGUGUGCGUCCUGAGAUGCGAACAGCAGUUAUUGACAAACGGACCGGACAGUUGUCGGUGCUGGAUGGAUUUCAACAGGAUUUUGUGGCUUGGGCGAAUUUUACUGAUGACAUAAAACAAUCAGGCUGGUCUUUCCUGGAGGUCACCACCAGCAGUAAGUACAAUGACAGCUUCCAAGCUUAUGCUGCUGGUGCAGUGGAGGCCGCAGUCACCUCCGAGCUCAUCUAUAAGCACUGGAUGAACACGCUGGUGAAUUACUGCGGGCCGUUCUCAAGUCCUACUGGCUACUGCGCGCGUCUAAAGGUUUUCAUUGCAACCAAUCUACAGUGGGUUCAGGAACAAAUAGAGAAGCAGCCCACCUCACCGUACUGGUACCAGGUGCAACUGGCACUGCUGCAGCUGAAAGGCCUGGAGGACAGCUACAAUGAUGAGCUGGCGUUUCCAACAGGGCCGUUCUCCUUGGACCCAUUUGGCUUCCUACUUUUCCAACUCGGGGGUGAUCUGGAGGAUUUGGAGUCUGCUCUGAACAAAUCUAGCGACAUUCGACCUCUUGGAUCUGGUUCCUGCUCUGCUCUCAUUAAGCUGCUGCCAAACAAUAAGGACCUGCUGGUGUCACAUGACACCUGGAACACCUACCAGUCCAUGCUGCGAAUCAUAAAGAAAUACAUCUUUGCUUAUAAAACCUCACCUCAAGAAAACGUUCCACUUCCUGGAGGAAUUCAGGCCUUCUCAUCCUACCCAGGAUCCAUAUUCUCUGGAGAUGACUUUUACAUCCUAAGCAGUGGCCUGGUAACGUUGGAAACCACCAUUGGCAACAAUAACCCAGAUCUCUGGAAGUUCGUUCAGCCCACAGACGCUGUCAUGGAAUGGCUGAGAAAUAUUGUGGCUAACCGGCUGGCUGCCAGCGGCGUCGAGUGGGCAGAGAUAUUCAUGAAGUACAACAGUGGAACGUAUAACAAUCAAUGGAUGAUUGUAGACUAUAAUCAUUUCACUCCAGGAAAGACUGACAUUAAAAAAGACCUGCUUGUUGUUUUGGAGCAGAUUCCGGGCCAUGUUGUUUACGCUGAUAAAACUCAGGAACUACUGCAGAAAGGCUACUGGGCAAGUUACAACAUACCGUACUAUGUGGACAUAUUUAAUGCCAGUGGCUGCAAUGAGCUGGUUGAGAAGUUUGGGCCAUGGUUCUCUCUGGACAAGAAUCCUCGUGCCCAGAUAUUCAGACGAAACCAGACAGAUGUCACAGAUUUGGACUCAAUGGUCCGACUCAUGAGGUAUAAUAACUUUAAGGAAGACCCAUUGUCAAAGUACGACGGCUGUAAACCACCUGCUAAUGGGGAGAAUGCAAUCUCAGCCCGAUCGGAUCUGAACCCAGCUAAUGGAACAUAUCCAUUUGGUGCCUUAAAGCAAAGACCCCAUGGAGGAACAGACAUGAAGAUGACCUCCUAUGAGAUGUUCAGAGACUACGUCAUGGUUGCAGUGAGUGGGCCAACAUGGGACCAGGUGCCAGUUUUCCAGUGGAGCACCUCCCCUUACAAAAAUUUUAUACACAUGGGUCAUCCUGAUACUUGGAAAUUCAAACCUAUAAAAGUCACCUGGACUCCUUAGUUGUUACAACACUUUAUAAUAAGUAUCAGAAAAAUGUUUUGAAGAAAGGGAAUCGUUCAAGGACUUUAAUGAACACAACAGUCAAGUUACUGCUUCUCAGGAGAGUGUUUAUAAUAUUUUGUGAUGGAGACUUACACUAAUCAAAUGGCACAAGAUUAACAAGAGCUUUGAAUGUGGGAGUUCACAACCUUGUUGUUUUUCAAUCUAAGCUCCUACAUUAAAGUGUACUCUUUGUGAUUUUCAUUUCCCAUGAUUUUCAUUAUCAAUACUAGGAAAUUCAAAUGAUGCUUGUUUCACGAACCCUUACAGGGUAAUUGCAAAAGACUACACAUUCCUUUGGAGAAGCCAAGGAUUCAUCUUGAUGUAGAUGCAAUAUUUCAGACAAAUGUUUUAAUCAAUGUUUGCAUUGAUCUAUGUUGUAUGAUUUUUGUUUUCAAAAUAACUCAAUAAAUGUUGUCAAAUCUU